AUGACAAAGUUUAGUGCUGACAAAGAAUUACCAAAAUUAAUGCAUCUACGUGACACGAUCAUGACAGCUGCGUUAGACGCAUGGGUUUCUUUAGAAAUAUAUGCUAUUCUAAGAAAUACAAACGAGAAGAUUCUUGGCGACCCGGUAGUUGGCCACUUCGUAGUGCCUGCAGUAAAUGAUUAUCAGCCAGAGGUGAUACUCGAGUCUAUCAAGAAUAAUAUUCCGUAUACCGUUCUGGUUGACAAGUCGCUUUUGCGUAGCGAGAGCAAGAGACACGUUGAUUUAGAGAUUGACAAGAAAACCAGCGGACCACCUUCAUCAAAUAAUAUUGAAAUAAAUGGCGGUAUAAAUGGAACCUACGAAUCUGUAGUCGAAGAUAAUAAAGAAGACAGUGGCAAUAUCUCUGCAAAAGCUGUGACUCGGAAUUUGUUCGGUGGUGAUAUAGAAGAUGUUGAUUUGUCAAACUUUGAAUACGGAUUUAAUCAAUUUAAAAAUUGCCUCACUACUUCAAUCAAUGAGUCGACAGACGAAAGGCUUUUUAACAGAGUAGUUAGAAAUGUCUUCCAUCUUAUGGAUUCAAUUAAAAUAGGAGUCAAACACACGCUUAAACUGGAAUUUGAGAAAAACUUCAGAAAUUGUUUGUUUGUAUUAGAUGCGGAUGACUGUCAUAAACCGCCUAGGGGUUUCAGUUUAUUAUACUACAUGUAG